AUGUCGUCGGAUCUGCUGCCAGGUCCAGGUGUUGAAUGGAGGAUCACACCUUUACCCAACGGCGGCCACACCCGCACCGUAACCACAAUUUCGCCCGCCGGCGGCUACCACCGCACCGUAACCACAUUUUUGCCCAAGCGCCGCGGCGGCGGCGGCUACACCACCGUAGUAGCCGCAGUCGAAGCUAUCAAUGUGCCUGCCGCCGGGCUCAAGCGGCAGAAGCACGGCGACGACGACGAUGCCGUGUCGGGACACGCCAAGAGGCGCCGGCGCCGGCGCCGGCGUGGCACCGGCGACAAGUCGACGACCGACGAGCAACAAGCUGCGGCGACGGCGGCGGCGCAGGCGGCGUGCGCCAUCUGCCUCGAGGUGUUCCAGGACGGCGACGACCUUGCCGUGAUGCCUUGCGCGCACCGGUUCCACGAGGGGUGCCUCAUCGAGUGGCUGGCGCUCAGCCUCCGGUGCCCCUGCUGCCGCCACGCGCUGCCCAGCGACGGCGACGGCGAGGGCAAGGGCGUGGCACCGCAUGCUGUUAGCAGCCUUGCUGCUGGCGCCACCGGAGGAUUCCAAGAUAGGACCAGGCGAGCAGCGACGACGAGAAGCAGACGGGCCCGCCAAGCGAACUCGCGUCUGUAA